GAAACUGUCGUUGACUAAAAAUUAUUUGGUAGUUGAUAUGGCGGAGGGCGACUUGAAUGUGGACAGCAUAAUAUCCCGCUUGUUAGAAGGUUUAAAUUCUUUGUAAUCUUUUCUAAUUCCUUCGCCUCAUGUAGAUGAAAUACAAACGUUACCUUUAUUUUCUUAGCUCGCGGAAGACCAGGAAAGAGUGUUCAACUAGCAGAAUCGGAAGUCCGUGGACUGUGUCUUAGAUCCAGGGAAAUCUUUUUGAACCAACCCAUUUUGCUGGAGUUGGAAGCUCCUCUCAAAAUAUGCGGUAAGUAGGCUAUGGUGAACCGCUGAAGCCCUUUGCAAUUUAAUCAAGUGUUACUGGACGUCUUUAUCUAAGAACCAGAUCCGCAGUCAGUGAGCAAUGCCGAGUUGGAACGCGUAGCGUAGAUUUUUCAUGUCAUUUCAGCUUUAUUACUCGCCUUGUCAAUAGCUGGUCGGCUGUUCACUGCUUCUCCAAGUCUAUUUCUUUUAUAUUAGAUCACCUACUCAAAAUUUUCGUGUCGGUCUGUUUCUAGAAGAUCGGCAUUGUGUUUGACGGAGUAAUGAUCGACGAUUUGCAUGUGUUGAAAUCAUCUCGUUGACCUUAGUCCUAAACUAACUUUGUUUUGCAGCUCCUAAAACCUCUGAUUUACUUCGAGGAACUUCGAGGAAUUUUCAAACCAGGGAAAUAUAUUAAAAAGACUUGAAAUAAGUAAUUCGUACUUUCUGAUCAUCAAAACGCAAAAACGUAGCGAAAUAUUCAUCUGCGCUUGUAAUUUUCGAGCCUGACGAGGACUUCUAACAAACAAACAUGAACGAACUUAUCAAGGUAUGCUUUGGUCUUGUUCACUGAAAAAUUAUCGUGUUGAUAUUCUUCGAAAGCUGUGUAAAAAUACCACGUUAUUUAUUUUUUUUUUCCUGAAUUACAAAUAUUCCCGACUAUUCGUGUAGAUCGUGAAUUGGAUAUUUUAUUCGGGAGUUCCCGAGUUUAAGUUUGAUCUAUUAAUUUGACAUGAUCUCGUUUAUUUUGUGUCUUUGGUAUGUAGUUUUCGAUGAUAACUCUCGAUGAACUCAUUUUUUCGCUGCUAAAUCGCUGAUUAUUCGAGUAAGCAAGUUCAUACCAAGGUGCAAUAAAAAACUGUCAGGGAACAAAUGAAGUUUAAUUCAGAAAAUCAAGCUGUUCCUAGAUUACGAAUAAAUGCCUUCGGGUACGAAUAUUUUGACGUUUCUCAGGAAGAACUAUUGACCAAGAUUUUGGACAGGCAACAAGAAUUGAACCGCGGGUGUAGGCUUUUAAUUAAGAGGAAGAGACCGAAAUUGAUAAAAAAAAGGUUGCUGUUGUCAUCAACUUCUUUUAACGUUGCGAGAGUUCUUUGCUAAAUGCAAAUAAAUUUUACUGUAGCGACUAAUUGUACGGAAGUUGCAGUAGAUAUGCUUUUGUCAUGGUAAUAAUAGAUCGGUAAUAAUUCCGUGUAACUUGAUAUUGUUUACAGAAACGUAAACUAUGGUACUUACUUAUCUCCCUUCAACAUUGCGUCAUGAGUUUCAAGAUCGCCUUUCGAAUUGUUCAGGGCCUGUCUUAAACAGGCGAAAAAGAGAACAGGAGUUUCAUAGAAGAAAACACGUCUUUACUUGAAAAUAACAUACUAGCUGCCGUACAUCAGAAUUUCGUUUAUAUCGAAAUCUAGGUUACGGUGACAGCACGAUUCUCCAAGAUGUUAUUGGAAUCUUGUUUGAUCAUCACAAAUUGCUGUACUUUCAUUUUCCAUCCGUUUUCAAUAGUACCUGCAAGCUAUUCUGUUCUCAUAUUAAUUCUUUCGGAAUUACAGAAUCACUAGAAACUGCUCCUGGCAGAUGCAUCUAUAUUGUUUAAUAUUCUGAAGAGAGGAAAAAAAUCAUUAAUCAAAAAAUCAAUAACAUGGGUGUUAGGGUUAGUUUGUGCUUAGUCACAAAAGUAUAAUAAGAAAGAUAUUUUAAGGUCAUAUUGUCAUUGGUGGUUUUGACAGUUGUACAUCACUUAAAUGUGAAUGGUUGGGAUUAAUCAUCACUGUCUCUAUGUUUAACCAAAACAGAGUUACAUGUUUAUGAUACAGACAAAGAAUUUUCCUUUGCAUAUGUAGUUUAUUGAACAGUAAGUUUACCAUGUUAUGUGUGUUAGUGUGAAUAAUUCUGGUCAGCAUUUCAAAUUCUGGAGCAAGAAGUUUAUGGUUGAGGGACAGUUUAUAAAUAAAUUCUCAGUAUAGGUAGUGUUUUUAAAGACUUGAUAUCUUAAAGCACAUCAUUAUUCAUCUUUUCUAGCAAUAUUAGGGUCUGAUGUUGCCUAUAUGUAGUUACGGGUGUACGUGUCAGCACACCUCUCACAGAGGGCUUGAGAAAGAGCAAUACUUCAAUGACAAUUUAUUGAAUGUUAAGUAUCAUUUCUUGACACAGAUGAAUUACACAAACAGCACUUUCUAAUCUAAAGGAGGGGAAAUCGAUCAAAAAAGCAAUCUUGUGUCUCAGUUUCACAUUUCAUGGUGUGACGUUUACGCAAAAACUAACUUGGAUCAGGAGCAUGUUUUGUCUAAUUGCUUUUUUUAAAUUUUAUCUUCUUAUUUUGCAGGUGACAUUCAUGGACAAUACACAGAUCUUUUAAGAUUAUUUGAAUAUGGAGGUUUUCCUCCUGAGGCAAACUACCUGUUUUUGGGUGAUUAUGUGGACAGAGGAAAACAGUCUUUGGAAACCAUCUGUCUGUUGUUAGCCUAUAAGAUCAAAUAUCCAGAAAACUUCUUUCUUUUGCGAGGAAACCAUGAAUGUGCUAGCAUUAACAGAAUAUAUGGCUUCUAUGAUGAAUGUGAGUAUGGGCAAAGCAAAUUGGUUGAAAAUAAAUUUCAAUGUCAGAGCUAUUCUUCCGCAACAUAAUUUUUGGAUCAUGGGAACUGAUAUAUGUAGUUCAACCCCUCUGGAAAAUCCCUGUGGCUGGAUUUGUGCUACCACUUUUGGAUGUUUUUUUGCCUUUCUGAAACCUUUUUUCUUUUAAUUUCUUUAUAAAUGGUUCUUUCUAUGGUGGUGUUGUUAAUGGGGUCCUGAAAAGGAGGUUGAAUGAAGUCAUCUCAAAAAUUUUGUAGUUUUUUAAUUCCAAAAAUACUCUUGAUCGAGUGCCAUUAUUGGCUAAAUGAAAUUGCUUUGUGUUGUAUUUCACAGGCAAAAGGCGGUAUAACAUCAAGCUAUGGAAAACCUUCACCGACUGUUUUAACUGUUUACCAAUCGCUGCUAUAGUGGAUGAAAAGAUCUUUUGCUGCCAUGGGGGUGAGUAGAUAUUUAAUCAGAGUCAUGAUCAUAAAUCAAUGAUAAUUUUCUUGGCUGAUGUAUAUAUUCUGAAAUAAAAGUGUAUUGUUUAUUUUGGGUGGGAACUACAUCUAACUAUCUAUGAAUUAUCCUCUAUAUAACUUUACUUCUUAUUAUCCCACAUCUUUGAAAAUUUAAAAAUAUUUCUUUUCUUUUCUCUUCAAUUUUCUUCUGCUUGAAUGGAGAUUUGAAAACAUUAGUCUCCAGUGAAAACUCCAGUCAUCUUGAACUGCAAAGAUUUGUUUCAGUCUGCUAAACUCAAAACACACUAAAGUACAGAAAUGUAUUGUUUAAUAUUUUGAGGUUUUGAUUUCAUAACCUUAUCUCAGCCUCUUGUUUAUUUGUUAUGGUCUAUGUUCACAUCUAUUUUCUUACAUUGCAUGCUUUCAUUAUCUGUUUGCUUGCAGGUCUCUCACCAGAUUUACAGUCGAUGGAACAGAUUAGAAGAAUCAUGAGGCCCACAGAUGUUCCAGACACUGGUAAGAAGUGAAUAGAUUUAUGUUAUAGAGACAACAGACCUAAAAGAAACAAUGUUGUUGCUUAUUCAAGAGUUCAAUCUGCUCCAUGAGAUAUGGAGCCACUUAUUUCUUAACUUAAUGUAAACAUUAUUAGCACUUAAUUGUGUACAAGUUUCACUUUUCUCCUGGGUAACAACAGUGUUUUCAUAAGCUACCUUUUCUUUUUCUAAAUUGAAUCUUUUCUUUCAAUUUUCCCUCACUGACUGAUUUUUUUCCCCUAUAUACCCACAGGUCUUCUUUGUGACUUACUUUGGUCAGACCCAGACAAAGACACAAAUGGCUGGGGUGAAAAUGAUAGAGGAGUUUCCUUUACAUUUGGAGCUGAUGUAGUGAGCAAAUUCUUAAACCGUCAUGACUUAGAUCUCAUAUGCAGGGCUCAUCAGGUAAGGUUUGGAAUUACACUUUACAUGUUUACUGCAGAAAGUUGUACAAUCUGAACAAUAUAUAUAAUUUGGCCACUUUUAAGAGUUUCUAAAGGUGUGUUUUUGAGUUUCAACCCUUCAUGUUUCACUCUGAUAGAAGGGCUAGCACUCAGAAAGUCAGGUUUAGAAACUUUUUACACUGGCCAAUUUACAUUAUCAACUCAGUUGAUUAGCCAACCGUGGUAACACAGCACCACAGUUUCUUUAGAAACUUGCCCCCUUUAUUCAGUUAUAAAUUGCCCUCUGUUUCUUAAUUAUGUAACAAAUUUCAGUUUUUUAAUCAUGGUCUCUCUUUAGGUUGUGGAAGAUGGCUAUGAAUUUUUUGCCAAAAGACAGCUAGUUACGUUGUUCUCAGCACCCAAUUACUGUGGAGAAUUUGAUAAUGCAGGUGGAAUGAUGAGUGUGGAUGAAACUCUGAUGUGUUCUUUCCAGGUAUGAAAAGCACAAUCUUAUCUGUCAAUUUGGCACAUUUUGUUGUUUUGUUACAACCACUUGCCUUGCACUGCAAACCAUUGGGUCGUUACAAAUUGAUAUUUGAUUUAAGAUUUCAUACGUACAGGCAUACCAGUAGAGUAUUUUGAGCACAAUUCAAGUCAAGAAAAGUGUCACUUGCAUUUCAUACCUUGUAUACAAAAGGUACAUGAAAGUUCGUCAUUCAGAGCCCCAAGCCAUGCAAGGUUUAGCAUUUUCUGGCCUCACAUUGGUUACCAGAAAUACUAUAUUAGUCACCAGGAAAAACCAAACAAAGCAGAAACAAAUAUGUGAUGUCAAAUGACCCUGUCAAUUGCUGCUAUCAUAACUCUGAAAUCAUUGAUACCAUGUGAACCUUCAAGACUUCAAAACUACUAAACUACUAUAGCAUUUUCAUCACAUUUUAUGAAGUUAAUUGUUUAAUAUCUCAUAUUGCAUGGACAGACACAAUGAUGAUGCCAUUUGGACUAGAAUGAAAUUGUAAAGUUUUGCAUUUUUUCCCUCAGAUUUUGAAGCCAUCAGAAAAGAAAGCCAAGUACCAGUAUGGUGGAUUAAACUCUGGCCGACCUGUCACACCUCCAAGAGGUCCACCAAAAUCAAAAGGAAAGAAAUAGGCUUGAGAUUUAGUUGGCAAGCCUCGCUUCUUCUACUGAAAGGACUCUAAACUUGUUGUUUGUGAUACAAGUUAUCAAAUCCUCCUCAAUACUGAGAUAGUUGUGUUUAUUUUUGGCAAAAAGUCAACUCCUCCUAUUGGUGUCGUAGAUACCAUGUUUACUGCAGUUUCUCAGAAUGGAAUGGUCUGUAGAUCAUUCACAAGUUAUUUGUGAUAAAAUUAUUUUAGCUUACCUUAAACAGAGUACAUUUGCCAGACAAUUGGUUUAUCCUUUUACUUAUUUAUCUGAAAUUCAGUUUGUCGUGUGUUUGUGUGUUUUGUCUGGCAUUAAAAUGUUUUAUAAUUGAUUGAGAAAAGUGAAGCUUCUUGGCCAAGGUUCAGGAAUUUUUAAAGUUAAACAGUGCACUUGGCACACUUAGCAGUUUCUUCACAAAGUCAGUGGUAGAUGAAAUUGAGUUAAAACUGAAAGAUAGCUUUGAGUGUGAUGUUCAUGAUGACGUGGAAAGAUAACCAGCCAUUUCUAAGCCCUCUGCCUUAAAUUUAUUGGCUGCUUAUCUAUUCACUUUUAGUCAGAGUUCUGGAAGGUUUUUUCUUUCCUAGAAGUUACAAUUUCAGUUUGUAGUUAUUUUUGAUCACUACAAAUUAGAUGUUGCAGUUUUAUUCCUCUGUAAACCUACAACUGAAUUUCAAGGUGCAAAAAAUAGAUAAUUUAAUUAAAAUUUUGUUGCCAUCAAACAGGACUAUACUGAGUUUACUUGGUAUAUAUUUCUGUUGUAAUUCUAUUCAUAUAAUGGGCGAACGAGGCACAUCAAUCUGUAAUUUUAGUUGUGAAAAAAUGAAGUAGCAGUAGCAGUUACUGGUACAGAUCAUGAUUGAUUCUGAAAGUCUGUGUUUUCCAAAGAGGAUAGUCCUGAUGCACCUGAAAUAUUGGAUGCUACAUGUAUUUCCACCUCAUUAGCAGAUAAGGAAUUUGCACAGUUGAUAAAUAGUUUAACAAAGGAUAAAGGAUGUGGUCAUAAGCCAUCUUAAGAAGGUUUCAACUACAGUCUGAGUACUUCAACAUACAUUAUUGGUUCAAUGUUGCAAUCAUUAUUUUUUCAUGAAAACAGUAAUAGAUUGUGGUUGAUCUGCCUGUCUGUGUUAAAUUUAGUUUCACAGUUAUGUUCAUAAAGUAGAUGAAAUUACAUGUACUGAAAUUUUUAUUUCAACCACAAAAUGUAACUUUUGUAGAUUGUAAAUCCAAGAGCAACUCCAUGUUAGAAUCUACUUAUCAAAGUUUUGAAUGCUAAAACUUGUAACAAUAUAACUUGAGCUCCUUGUAGGUGAGCCUUGCACUAAAUUGCAUAAGGCAAGAUAGCCUGUAUUGCAGGCAGAGUUGAUUGCCAGAGAAGUAAAUUUUGACUUUGUCUUCAAUACAGACUGAAGAUGGUGUGCUUUUUUGCUACUGUCAGUGUUUCUGAGGUAAAGCCCUUUAAACCCAAGAUCUGUUUGUUAAUUCUCCCCUCUAACUGUAGUACAUUUCCUAAAUUAGUAAUGAGAAUUUGGUGUUUGAUAAAGAGAACAGCUUCUGCUUUAUAAGCAUUCUCAUUACCUGUGUGCUGGACAAUGUUGGAUGUUAAGUUUCAUGUUGAUUGCCACUGGAAGUUAGAGAGUUAAGAGAAAAGAGAGAGAUAUUGAUAGCUUUAACCCUUUCACUCCCACAAGUGACCAAGACAGAAUUUCUCCUUACAAUAUCAAUACAAUAUCAAGCAGGCAAGUGAUGAGAAUAGAGAAGAAUAUCAAUCAUGGGAUCAUUAGCUGAUCCAAUACCAAAUUCUCUAAACUAACAUCAUAAGAAUUGUAUGGCAGAUAGUAAGGAGAAUUACUAAUCAGAUCUUGGGAGUGAAAGGGUUAAAAGGAUGAUUUUCUUCUUUCCCAGUUGAAUGUCUAAAAUACAUUGUUAAAGAUUUGUAAAUUGCAUACUUAAAGCUUCCUUGUAAACAACUCUGUGACUUCUCUCAAUCUCUGAAACUCCUUGCUCAAAGAUGUGGACAAAGAGAUUGUGUGACUUUGUAGGAGCAUACUCAAGCUCAAGUUGUACUCUAAGUAUUUCAUGUGAACCAGUACAAAGGACUGUUUUGUAGAUGCAAACACUAGAGAUAACUAGUAAC